AUGAGGAAGGAGUUGGCCGACAAAAUGAGGGAGGUAACUGGUUUGAAGAAGACCUUUAAAAAGGCCGAGGCAAAAAUAAAGACCUUGGCAGACCAGGCCGAGGCAGCCAUUAAAGCUAAAGAUGAGGCCGAAGAAAAAGCGGAUGCUGCAGAGGCUAUCAAGAAGGUUCUUAAGACCCAAAAGAAAGAGGCUGAAGAGAAGAUGGCCGAGGCCCAAAAAGAACUCCAGGAUGCCUUGGGCACAAAAGAUGCCGAAAUCAAGGCCAUCGACGAAAAGGCAUAUGCUGAGGAGGUGGCCGAUGUCACGACAGACUACAAGAGUCAGGUGAAGCAGGCAUGCAACAAGGGUUUCAUCCUUGGUUAG